AUACAAACACUGAAAAGCAAAAGCUGCUUUUUAGUUUAUAUAAACAAAAAAUCAAAUCAAUCCUUCACAAAACACUGAAAAAGAGAAAGGAGUGGGGGUAGUGGGACUCUCUUUUUUGCCUUUCACAAUUUCCAUUGGGGGCAUUUCGACAUGUUCACUGGGGGCCUAAGUACACUCCUCGUAAACUUAAACUUCAGUAUUACCACUACUACUAAUAAAAACCCAUUUUCAGGAGGAGGAGGAGCUGCCGUGGCAGGUCCGAUAGCUGCUUUACUAAUGUUUGCCUCUAUUGUUUAUUCGAUUUCGUCGUCGAAAAACAAGAAACAAUCAAACAUCAUCCAAGGUGAAACUUAUAAUCUUGUCUCAACUCAUGUUGCUGACUCAUCUGUCACCGGGUUGUUUCGCAGUCCUGUUGAUGAUGAUCAAAUUUCUUGGAAAUCAGCAACCGAUGGACUUACCGAAGAAGACAAUAAGGAGUUGGGUUUAGAAGCUGAUGCAAAGUAUGCUGAAGAUUUACAGGUUCAAGAAGCUCUAUUAGCUUCUAUGUUGGCUUCUCAAACAACAGACACCGCAUCGAGUUCAACUUGUAAAGGAAGGUCGUCACUGAGUUCAUUAUUGAAGUACAACAAGAUCGAAGAGUGCAAAAUCUGCUUGGAAAAGCACGAAUACUGGCAAAUGUUCAGGAACACAACCUGUUCUCAUUCCUUUUGUUACGACUGCACCAGAAAACACGCAACAACAAAGAUACAAGAACACAAGAAUGUCAUAACAUGCCCUGGACUAAAUUGCAAAUCCACAUUGGAUUACAACAUGUUGAGAUUAAUAAUUCCCAAAGACACUUUAAUCAAGUUGGAUGAAUUGCUAUGUGAAUCCAUGAUUCUUGAAUCCCAAAAAUUGUACUGCCCGUUUAGUGACUGUUCAGUUUUACUAAUUAACGAUGAUAGCAGCAUUACAAAAAUUGAUUGUCCAGUAUGCAAGCGGUCUAUCUGUGCAGUCUGUCGGGUCCCAUGGCAUUCUGAGUUCAGUUGCAAGGAGUUUGGGAAGCUUAACACUAAAAUGAAAGGUAAAGGUGACGAAAUGGCAGUGGCACUUGCUAAGAAAAAGAAGUGGAGAAAGUGUCCAAGCUGUAAGUUCUUUGUGGAAAAAGCCGAGGGAUGUGUGCAUAUAACUUGCAGGUGUAAGUAUGAGUUCUGCUAUAAUUGUGGAGCCAAAUGGAGCUCUACUCAUGGUGGCUGCAGGGCAAAAUCAUGAUAAAUUAGUGAAGAUAGAGGUUAGUGUGCAUAUGAUAUGUAAUUAUUGCUUCAUUUCAAGUACGUAGUUUUGAUAGUCUUGAACUGUGGAUGAAGGUAAUUAGUUGGUUAAUUUGAUGUACAAAAAACGCCUUUUUUAGCAUGAUAUGCUUAAAACAUCGCAGAAGGGCUUAUUAACUAGAAACAUACACACAUAGUAAGAUCUAAAUCUAGCAUUUUGACAAUUUAUCACAAUGAGAAUAUUACUGGGUAAA